UUAAGGUGAGAUAGACUCUGGAACUCUGGCAGGUAUGACUGGAAAGACUCUCGUCUUGAGAGACUCCCAAAGGCACCGCGCGUCUUGACGCACAAAACCUUUUUUACGCCCACAGCGUUUCUGCGUUUUACGUUGGAAUCUUGCAACUCAGAAACCUCUCGCAGCAUGAAGUUCGAAGUGUUGUGCGGAAACCACGAUGUGAAGCAUUUUGACGUGCCCAGUGAUGGAGAGGGGAAAGAGCAGUUUCCUCUCACUCCAGAGGAGGAGCUGGGGUCUGAUGGAGAUUGCGUUGACAACAGCCCGCCGCUCGGUGCUGCAGGCGGGAGCAACAAAUCCAAACCGUACACACGGAGACCCAAGCCCCCGCUUUCCUACAUCGCUCUGAUCGCCAUGGCUAUCCGGGAUUCUUCCACCGGACGUCUGACUUUGGCGGAAAUAAACGACUACCUGAUGAAGAAGUUCCCCUUCUUCAGGGGGAGUUACACCGGCUGGAGGAACUCUGUGCGACACAACCUGUCUCUGAAUGACUGCUUUCUCAAAGUGCUCAGGGACCCGUCCAGGCCCUGGGGGAAAGACAAUUACUGGAUGCUCAACCCUAACAGCGAGUACACGUUCGCUGAUGGGGUGUUUCGUCGCAGAAGAAAGCGCAUCAACAAACAGUUUAGUCGGGAGCAGGAGAUCUCUGAGCGUGCGAUGGAGCCGCAGAUUAUAGACAAACCUGAUCCAAAUACCAAGACUGAGCCAAGCACCAAGUUUACGAGCUCAUUUGCAAUUGAGACCAUCCUCAGCAAACCUUUCAAUAGAGACUCAACCAGGCAACCUUUUUAUCCUGCAUUUAUCUGGCCAUACUCUGAACUUAGGACGCAUUAUUCAAGCGCAUCCGCUUUCUUCCCGUAUGUUUAGACUCACUGUCUUGUGCACUUGAUGCUUUCAUGAGGCUAAAAGAGAUAUAUAUUUUUUUCGUUGUUUAUUUUUCUGUUUGAAAGUCAUCAGUAAAUGUUUUAAUUUAUUCCAUAUUUGAUAGUUGAGUGGUGUUUUUAAAGCUUUGCAUCCCUGAGUUGUCUUUAUUUAACAUACUGUUAACAAAAAUGAAUUGUAAAUGUUACUGUAUAAUAUAACUUUAUUUUUAUUUUUUCAUAGUCUCAAGAUGCACUUUUUUUUCUUUAAAAAUGUUAUGAUAAGAAUAACAGCUGAAACAGUAAAAAAAAAAAAUGCGAUCAGCAGGAACAAUAAAUGCUACAUAAUAAAUAAAUGGUGCUUUUGUUUUCAUUGCAGCUAUUUACAUUUUGAUCAGUUGUAAAUAUCUUUUUAUGGAUAUCUCUUAUGGGGGGAGGGAAGGCAGGUGCGCAGAUGUCAACAG